AUGUCCAUUGGAGUGCAAGAUAGCCCGCGCACCAUGAUAUAUGAAAGCCAAACCCUUCAGCAUGAAAAUCAGCCCUCAUCUUCAUAUCAGUCAUCUUGCCAGAUUGCCAACGAAAAAUGGAAUCACCCACGAUCUAACAUAGCAAAGACGCUAGCAACAUUCUGGAGCUUUCUAAUAAUGGGAGCAAAUGACUCCGCAUACGGUGUAAGAUCUCAUCUAUAUAUAAUAUACACGGUAGUUGGAAUUUGA